GCAGUUGUCGCUGAAGACAUGACUGAGUUCGAGUGGUCACUUGUGUUGAACAAAGUCAAGUAAGUUUUAGUGAGAGAAGGCGAUGACGUUGCUCUCGUCCCAAGUGAUGAGAUUAGGCAUUGAGCUUGAAGUCAAACUUUGAGCAAUGGAAUCAAAUCAACCUGCGACUCCUCGACGAAGAUCCUCGGGGAUCUUGCGCUCCAUACAUUGGAUGGCUCAAAUUUACGUUUUUGCUUUUGCGCUCUUCGUCACCUUUUUGAUCCCUGACACGGUGUUCUCGUUGAACACGUGUGAUAGCUGGUCAAAGCUUGCCGAAAAAAUGCGUCAUUUCGAAAAUCAUACCGGCCACAUCAAAUGCGAACCCGUGAAUUGUUCAGGUGUAGACUGUGCCGGAUAUCUUCAGGAAAACUUCACGUUGGGUGUCUACAUAGAUCCAUGCCAAUCUCCGACCGGGGUUCAAAUUCACGGGAGUGUCCCCAGUUUACACGGAUACUCCCCUGAAAGUCCGUGGUCUCGAACAUUUUAUGCCAACAAAACAGCUCCUCCGUUUUUCAUCCCUGGCGCUAAACUCAUCAUAGCCGGCGUUGAGAUGGAUGUAUACUUGAUGGUUACUGUGACACGAUAUCCAAAUGCUGCAAUGGACAUCGACUUGACUUUAAAAUCAUGCUACGGCGGGAAAAGCGCAGAAGAGCUUGGAGGCACCGAAAACUGCACAACUGCCGAGACAAUCUUGAAGAGCGGUCCAGUAAAAGUUCCGCCGUGUCUUGUGAAAUCGGGUGAAGCCGAGAUUCACACUGCCACUCUUCAUCAUCUUCCUGUGAUACCUGCGGAUGUGCAAGACUACAAUUCGGGCACGAGUUGGCAGAGCACUCCGCCGCCGCCUCGCGCUACGUCCAUUCCAUCUGUCGCAACCACUGGUGCGUUCACGGAGUACCAGGUGCCCGCGGCGGAGAAGCAGUGGAGCAAGCCUUGCUCUCUCAAAGACCUCCACAACUUCUUUCCGUGCAAAGGGAGCAACGAAGUUUGUGCCCCGGUGCAGAGUAAUUCAUCAGAAGGCGCGUGUUUAUGUAUCGUCGGCUUCGUGAGGACGAAGCAGGGUGAGUGUGCUCCCGUGUCCGAUGGUGACGCGAGGAACAAGGUCAAUGCAAUGGACAGUGAUGAGGAUGACGAGCAGGUGGACAAUAACGGAGCGAAUCCAGCAUCUUCUUCGCAUUAUUCAGGAAACUCGGACGAGGGCCAUGACCCGUCCGAAACAAGUCGUGGAGGUGCAGUAGCUGCAGGAAUCAUCAUUCCCCUCCUGCUGAUUGUCGCAAUCGUUGGGGGUUUCAUGGCGUAUAAACGCGGACUUUGUCCACCGAAAAGCCUGCACCAACCCUUGCGCAUCUCACUCAGCAGAUUCUCAGUCAAUCGGAGCCCAGGCAUGGUGUUGAUCGGCGAUGGGGCCGAUGAAGAGGCCACCGCCUGAACAGCCGUGAGAAAAUCACCUACUUUUCGAAAGACAAGUUCGUUUGUGAAAUGUGUACAUGAAGAUUUCGUUUUCUGCGGGCCUGUGUAGUGUAAACAUUUUUAGAUUUCUAUCGAGAAGCGCUGGUUUUUGUUCGAAUUGUUAAGUGUUUUUUUUUCGGAUAAGGCUAGGUCUGAACAGGGCAUUGAAAGGUGCGUUAAAUUGCUACGUAGCCUUUAGUUUUUAAUUUUUUUUUCGGUUCCGUAUUGCCGGAGUAGGACAAAAAUUUAUUGUUGUUUUCGUGGAUUCAUCGUGGAUUUUGGCUAGUCAUUUUUUAUCGCAAGAACUUGUUUUAAAUAUCUCACUACACGUUCGAAAAAUGGUUUCAGACUCUAAAAGCAAUCUACGUUGCUCUGUGCAUUUCAAAGCAAUUUCGGAUUGCUUCAUUAAUCGGAGACCAGAGAAAAUUAUAAACACUAACUCUAGAUUUUCUUCGUGCGUAUUUUCGUACCAUUUAAGGGAGUAUUUCUUUGCAAAUUUGAAUCUAUCCGAGUUCGAAACUUUUUUGGUUGAGCAUCCGGUAUUUCUUCCUCCAUGGUGGGAGACACAAUAGGUUAUCGCAUUGAUUUGCGCGAUUUCAAAGUCAAUUCGCGUCCCAGGCCUUGGAGUCGGUCUAGAAAAAAGAGUGGAUCAGCCGAGUUACCAAAUUCUCUGGCGAGCCGCCGCUAGAAGACUCUGACGGUUGGGACUUGAAGAGUGAAAAAGGAUAAAGCGCCGAGAUAUUCCUUUAUUAUUAUUUUUUCUUCAGGGAUAAUAAGUUCUUUCAAUUUUUCCAGUUGAAGAUCUGUAGAUUGUUUCGAGUCACCAACAUUUCAAUCGAGAUAGAAAAAUAAGAGUUUUAGUUGAGUGUGAGUUCGCGAAAAUAUUUGACUUCGUUCUAAGAACGUCCGUGUUUUUCUCGUUUUUAUUUGAUCUGCUCGAAACGUGAUGUCUUGUUUCUCUUAUCGUCGGAUGAUGAGUCAUCGGGGCUGAGUUAUAUUGACUGUGGCCUGAGAAUCUUCCGACGCCUUUCCGUUUCCUCUUUUGUCGACUUUUUUUUUUUCUCCCGAACGUGUUGUGAUAUUUGCCUCAAAAGAUUGUAUCGCCGAAGGUUUCUUUUUUUAAAUUUCUUUUGAUAAAAAGAGAUAACAUUGACAACUGUGUUGGGUGGAUCAGGUUGCGGUGUAUUUUGGUCAAGCGAGAAAAACAUUUUUAACGCAAGUGUUGAGAUUUUUUCAUGCUGAAUAAUGUUUUCCCUUUCCGUUUCCUGGUAAUGGAAUUUUUCUGUGGAAAAAAGAAAGUAACCUUGCUCAUAGCACGGUUCGUCGUUAUUGAUUAUCGGGUAUUGAGAGGUAAGCUUUGAAUGCGAGGGAUGCGGUGACCUUUUUAUUUGUUGCGGAAGAAUAAAUCUUGGAUGGGGCCGUCUCAGCUACAAGCUUUUUUUCCGUUAUCAUUGUAUCGAUGGGAUGUGGAGCGCAAAAUAUACCAGGAAAUUCUUGA